CGGGUUGCUGCAGCUCUGGGAGUUAUUGUCUGCGACUGUCGUCCCGCUGCCAGACACCUGCGAUAAAACAGCCAGGAACUCGCCGAGAAACUCGCAAAUAUGGGUGUUGGACGCCGUAUGAAAAAACAGGGUGCUCCUGAGCCGCUGUCAGAAGAACACUUUGCCAAUCUCAAGCGGAAAAAGGGUCUCCCUGUCGACGACACGCCCGCCAAAGCUCGCUCGACCAAGAGGCGUCGCGCGUCUACCAAGUCGGAGAAGCCUUCUAAAAAGCCCCGUGGGGAAAACACCAAGAAUGGCGCCAUUUCGACGAAGCCGGCAGGGAAGCAAACCAAUGGCUCCAAAAAAGCACCUGGCGCGCCAGAGAAUGGCCUGAAGUCUAGCAAGGCGAAGUCGAAGAAGGCUGCUGUGCCGGAACCCGACUCGGACGAGGAGAUGGAUGAUGAGUUCGACGCUUCUGAAUUGGAGGUUGACGGUGGAUCGGACUUGGACGAGGAGGCGCUCGGCGACGAUUUCUUGGGCUCUGACGACUCCGUUUACGACUCGGACCAAGGGAAUACCAAGAAAGAGAAAUUCGUCUUCUCGGACGAUGAGGAGGACGAUGACGAGGACCGGGAGGAGAAGCUGACCGCCGCCAACAUUGAGGGGCUUUCAAACAAACUAGACGAGCAGCUGGCUAGGGAGGCGGAGGAGAACGAAGCGGAACUGCGGGAAGAAGCUCUGCAGACCAACAUUGACGGCGACAAGCCCAACGUUUUGGGCGAGGACGACGACGAAGACGAAUUGUCAUCAAAAACGCAGGGGCUGCUGGCUCCCGACCUUCAAAUGUUGAGGACCAGGAUAACAGAGACCAUCCGCGUGCUGGAGGACUUUUCCAACCUCGCCGAAGAUGGGCGGAGCAGGGCCGAGUACACCAACCAGCUGCUCAAGGACGUCUGCGCCUACUAUGGCUACAAUGAGUUCCUGGCGGAGAAGCUCAUGAACCUGUUCCCGCCAAGGGAAGCAUUCGCCUUUUUUGAAGCCAACGAAAGCGCACGCCCUGUCGUCAUUCGCACAAAUACCCUCCGGACACAUCGCCGUGAUCUAGCGCAGGCUCUCAUCAACCGCGGCGUCACUUUAGAACCAGUCGGCAAGUGGUCUAAGGUCGGUCUGCAGGUGUUCGAGUCAACUGUGCCGUUGGGUGCCACUCCCGAAUAUUUGGCUGGCCAUUACAUUCUGCAAGCCGCAUCUUCGUUCCUCCCCGUCAUGGCUCUCUGCCCUCAGGAGAACGAGCGUUGUCUCGAUAUGGCUGCAGCUCCCGGUGGUAAGACAACGCAUAUGUCGGCGUUGAUGAAGAACACCGGUGUCGUCUUUGCGAACGAUCCCAGCAAGUCUCGUGCCAAGGGUUUGAUUGGCAACAUUCACCGUCUGGGUGCGAGGAACGUCAUCGUCUGCAACUAUGAUGCCCGCGAAUUCCCCAGGGUGAUGGGUGGCUUCGACAGAGUGCUCUUGGAUGCACCUUGCUCUGGAACUGGUGUUAUUGCUAAGGACCCCUCGGUGAAGACCAACAGGGACGAGAAGGACUUCAUUCAGUUGCCGCAUACACAAAAGCAGCUGCUGUUGGCGGCUAUUGAUUCGGUCAACCACGCAAGCAAAACGGGUGGUUACGUUGUCUACUCUACUUGCAGCGUGGCGAUCGAGGAAAAUGAACAAGUUGUUGCAUACGCCCUGAGCCGCCGGCCGAAUGUCAGGCUCGUCGAGACCGGCCUCCCCUUCGGCAAGGAGGGCUUCACCAGCUACAUGGGCAAGGCUUUCCACCCCAGCCUCAAAUUGACGCGCCGGUAUUACCCCCAUUUGUACAACGUCGACGGGUUCUUUGUCGCCAAGUUCCAGAAGGUUGGCCCCACGGCCGGCAAUGCCGUCCUUGCCAACGGCAAGAAGGACAAGGAUGCCGCCAUCAUGAAGGCCGCCGAUGAGAACGAGGGCGAGGUUAUCGACAAGACGCCUGUUGCGGCGGAGGGCGAAGAGGAGGACAAGGAUGACUUUGGCGGGUUCGACGACAACGAGGACGAGGACUACAUCGAGCGUGCUAAGCGGAACGCCAUGAGGAGACGCGGUCUGGAUCCUAGGGCGCUGAAGAAGGGGCAGGAGAAAAAGCCGGCCAAGGAGGUAGAGACGCCUAAGGAGGCGCCCAAGGAGAAGUCCAGCGACAAAGUCAAGGAGAAGACUAAGGACAAGCCGAAGGAGAAGACGAAGCUGAAGGCAAAGGAGAAGAAGUAGGCGUCGCAAAAUAAUAGACUGUAUUUCUGCCCAAACACGUGCAUCAUGAUGUUGGUAUCUUCUGCUCUUUCCACAAGUUUGCGGCUUCCCGUCAUGGAUUGAGCUACGGAAGACGUCCUCGGUCUUCUACUCUGCUCUUGGUUCCGAGGUCCAUCUCUGAAUUUUUUCUUCACGCAGAUGACUCAACCCAAUGAAGUGCGAGAUGACCUCUGGUGCCAUCAAAGCAAGCAAGAGGCAGCAAAC